CGCCCACACCAUAUCACCAUAUUUAGACUCCACUCCUCACUCCAUCCAAAACCCUAGCACCCGUCCCGCCGCCGCCGCUGCCGCUGCCGCCCUGACCCUCGCCGCUGCAGCAGCCACCACCGCGCAACCAUGGGUAUCGACCUCGUCGCCGGCGGCCGCAACAAGAGGACCAAGCGCACGGCGCCCAAAUCCGACGAUGUGUACCUCAAGCUGCUCGUCAAGCUCUACCGCUUCCUGGUGCGGAGGACCAAGAGCCAGUUCAACGCCGUGAUCCUCAAGCGUCUCUUCAUGAGCAAGACCAACCGCCCGCCGCUCUCGAUGCGCCGCCUCGUCAGGUUCAUGGAGGGGAAGGCGGACAAGAUCGCCGUGAUCGUGGGCACCAUCACCGAUGACCAGAGGGUCUACGAGAUACCGGCAAUGAAGGUGGCCGCGCUCAGGUUCACCGAGACGGCGAGGGCCAGGAUCGUCAAUGCUGGUGGCGAGUGCCUUACCUUUGACCAGCUCGCCCUCCGUGCUCCGCUUGGACAGAACACGCUUCUCCUGAGGGGUCCCAAGAACGCCAGGGAAGCUGUUAGGCACUUUGGCAAAGCUCCAGGAGUGCCACACAGCCACACCAAGCCAUAUGUCCGCUCAAAGGGCAGGAAAUUCGAGAAGGCGAGAGGAAGGAGGAACAGCAGGGGAUUCAAGGUCUAAGAUGUGGAAUUUCUGGCGCACUUGUGUCAUAUUUUGCUAUCAUCGGUUUAUCGUCAUCUUUUUGGGUACCAGAAUAUUACCGCUUUAGAUGUCAGUGUCUUGUGUCAACGAGUAUUCAGAACCAGUUAAUUUGUGUUUCAUCAUUUUGCAACUUGAGAGACCAUGCUUGCAAGCCAGUUAUGAAUAUCAUUUCUAGUA